CAGAGACAUCAUGCUGAGGCCGGUGUGUCUACUGCUUUUUGCGACUGUGGCAGGAGUGCUCUGCACCGCAGGUCGUACGGCGCGCCACGGCCCAUCAGUGUCGGUGGUCAAUGGGCGAAUCAUCAACGGCGUGGACGCCGCUCCUGGGGAAUUCCCUGCACAGCUGUCCAUGCAGACUGAUGGACGGCACUUCUGCGGAGCGUCCAUCCUGAGCGAGAACUGGGCCAUAACUGCGGCGCAUUGCUUCGACAAUGGUGGCUCUGUGGAAGUUCUGUCGGGCACCACCAGGCUGGAUUCGGGCGGAACUCGCCACAGCGUGGAGUUCGUCGAGGUCCACCCAAAGUACAACAGUUCAGACUCCUGGGUGAAUGACGUCGCCGUCAUGAGGGUAUCGCCUCCAUUCCAAAUAGAUAACGUGACCGUGGCGCGAAUACAGCUGCCUGCCGAAGGUGAGGAGACGCCAGCUGGAACCAACGUCACGGUGAUCGGAUGGGGACGCCUCUCGUACGGAGGGGCGCGCCCAAACGACCUGCAGAAGGUUGACGUACAGGUGUGGGACCAGCAACUGUGCGCCACGCUCUUCUGGGAUGGCUUCGAGAACACCGUCUACCCGACCAUGCUGUGUGCCGCAGGCGUCGAGGAGCAAGCCUCUUCGUGCAGCGGUGACUCCGGCGGCCCGCUGUUGCGCGAUGGUGUGAUGGUGGGAAUCGUGUCGUGGUCGUUCCAGUGCGCGACUCCACCGUACCCCACGGUCUACACCCGCGUCUCCAGCUACUUGGACUGGAUCACGGAGAACGCCGCUUCCUGGUAGGGAUGCCAGAAUGACUGCACGGGGAACAGACGGUCAUGUGAGCCACAAAUACCACAGUAAAGCAGUCAUAAUAAUAAAUGGUUUGGAGCGAUAUUCUACUGAACGUCGAUUAACGUUGUACUUAACUGUGCAGGACUGUCAACGAAGCUACAAAAAGUGAUUCGAUUUGAAUUAAAUUAUUACACUCACGCUAAGUGUCAGUAGUCACUUAUAAAUUCAAUACUUUAUCUCGUUUUCGUUACGUCUGUGCAACAGUUUGCACCAGUUAUGAUCAAUAAAUAAAUAAUAUUACUAAGGUAAAUAGAAAAUUAUAACAAUUGUUAAUUACAUACACGCCGUUAAAUGAGGUGUUAGCACAUAAUUUAUUUGUCUCUACAGGUAAUAUAAUUGGCUGACACUGAUGUUGCUAGUACUAGAGCAGUUUAUUUCCACAAAUAACCUGUGCCCUUGUCAUUGGAACAAGAUAUGCCCCACAGCGGUCUUAGUUCAUGAAUUUGUCUUUGUUUUCCUACAUUAAAUUACAGAUUUUGGACCAUUCUGUCCAUACGAAUUCGAGUAAAAUAUCAUCACCGAGAGCAACAUAAUAGUUAUGUAAACCUGUUAAAUUGAUUGGCGACGCCAGAGUGCUGUGUGUACAACGACCAUAUAAUGAACGAAAUUAAAAGGAGGGUCAGCGUUAGCCUUAAUUGCUGUUAAUAAAUCAUCACAAUUACGGCCAACGCUGACCUUCCUUCUAAUUUCAUCCUGUUAAAAUAUUUUCUGGCCAUUCUAUGCUCUGCAGAAAUUCCUCACUGCAGCUUAGCUCAACAGAUCAUAAUUAAUUAUGCAAAAUCUGUAACAAUAUCUGAAUUGACUGUCGAUACAAGUGCAAUUAGUUCUCCAAUAAAGUAA